GCAAUCAACGUUUGCCAACUGGACCAUCCUUAUCAAAAACAGCAUACUAAUUACUUGAUCAUCUAUAAAUAGAGUGGAUGCAUUUCCACAAAGAAUCACACAAACAAGAUUGAUUGAGCCUUUUGCAUUUCCACUUUCCAACUAAGGUUAUCAUGGUCUUCAUGCUUCCAAGGUUCAUCGCCAUCAGAUCAACUCGAUAUCCUGAUAAAGGGCAUUUGUACUACGACGAAAAGCAAAGUACGGUACAUAUUGGGGAGGAGAGUGUGUUCAGCACACUGGUGAAGAUUGAAGUGGAACGAGCAACAAGCAACACCAACUACGUUCACCUCCGCUUUAGUAAUUCCAACAGGUAUUGGUCGAAGAGAGUGGGUGGCAACGGCAUCGAUGCUGUAUCGAAGAAGCCCGAGGAAGACAUAAAGGAGCCUUCAUGCACGCUGUUCCAACCGGUUGAGGUGUCUGGUGAGGGAGAAGGAGUGUUUCAAUUGAUUUACGUUCCGACUGGUCACCGUGUGUUGGUAGAUCCCGAAUACUGGGGCAUUUUCGUGGUGGAAGAAAAUCCCUCAAGUUGGUACGGUAGUCUAAAGUAUGUGGAUUGGAGUACAUUGGUCAAACUGCCUCCCCACGUCGCUUUCAAAGGGGAUAACGGCAGGUACCUUACAGGAGUGAGCCAAGAUGGGUACAACUACCUGCAGUAUUCAUCCAGUGGUAUUGAUCCGUCGUGCGGCCAUCGCGUGUAUUUGAUGCCAGAAGGACAUGUCCGGAUAACGUCGGAUCACUGGGGGGGCAAGUUCUGGAGGCGCAGUCCUAACUGGAUAUGGGCCGACUCGCAUGCGUCUUCCAUCAACAACCCCGAUACUCACUUCUGGCCGGUGAAACUAGGCCACGACAACACCAUUGCACUCCGCAACGCCGGCAACAACCGUCACUGCUCACGUCUUUCCCAAGACUGGAAGACCGACAUGUUAAAUGCGGCCUGGAUCGAGAUCCACGAUGUAGGAAAAAUGGAGGUGCAAGAGCUUGUGUCGGAAAGAAACGUGUACAACGUGAAAUAUCGGAUGGAGGACGCCAGAAUAUACGACGAGGAGCCUUACAUUGCAGGCUCAUCCCAGCUUGAUAACCACAGCGACCAGGAGGCUGCUAUGUCUGUUUCAAUUACGUAUACAGACGAGAAAUCUUACACUUUUAGCCGUAGCAUGUCUUUGACUGCAGGGGUGGAAACCACCUUCAGCACUGGCGUUCCCUUCAUUGUGGAAGGAAAGAUCACCGUCUCAUUCCAGAUAAACACCACUCUCCAGUGGGACGCCACCACAACUACUACCACAUCAGUUACUGCUUCCGGCUCUAUUCCUAUCCCAGCAAAGACUAGUGCUGUCAUUGAGUAUGUCGGGACACAGGGCACUUGCGAUGUUCCUUAUUCUUACACGCAGCAAGACCAGAGCUCCACCGAUGGCACCAUUUCAUACACUGAGCAGGUUGAUGGUAUUUACAAAGGCGUCAGUUGUUACAACUUCCACUAUGUUACCAAAUCCCUUAAGGCCCUUGUCUGAACAUCCCAUGCCGUUUUCUCCCAAUCAUCAUCAACUUCAUAACUUCACUACAAAUAUGUACACUACUUUCAAGUCAGAGCUACUCAGCCGAUCUGAUCUGAUCUGAUCUGCUCUGCUCUCCUCAAAACAUCCAUUACCUUUGCCUAUUUUCUUUUUUUUUAAAUUAAUUAUUGUGUGUGUUUUUUGGUAAGCUUCUUUCAGCUUUGGUUUCCCGUUGUUGUUGUUGUUGUGCUAAUAAUUUCCAGAUAUAAGUAUCUGAUGAUCCCCAAGUUAUAUGUAUAUUCUAUGUUUAGUUCUGGACUUCUGGUUGAUUUGAAUUUUUAAAUAAAAAUGGAUGUUUCAAUAUAA